CGCAACAAUGGGCCAAUCCGCUUUUUGAAAAUUGAAUUAGGGCGUGGCUUUGCCUCUGAAGUAAGUUAGGUUUUACCAGCAGAGCGAGCAGCAGAAGAGGAUUGUAUACCAGGUUGACAGGAGGAUCCGUGCAGUCAAUUGGAAGCCAUCCUCUCUCCCAGACCAGCAAGAUGGGUAAAAAGAGCCGAGUGAAGACUCAGAAAUCAGGGACCGGGGCCACAGCUGCGGUUUCUCCGAAAGAGAUGAUGAAUUUAAUCUCUGAACUGCUGCAGAAGUGUAGCAGUGCUGCUCCCUCUCCUGGGAAAGAGUGGGAGGAAUAUGUUCAGAUCCGAGCUCUGGUGGAGAAGAUCCGUAAGAAACAGAAAGGGGUGUCAGUAUCAUUCGAGGGCACUAGGGAGGACUUUUUCUCCGAGCUGAUGGCCUGGGCUGCAGAAUGCGGGGCUUCUUGUGACUGUUUUGAGAUCUCCAACUUCGCAGAUGAAGGAUAUGGCCUAAAGGCCGCCAGAGAUAUCAAGGCAGAGGAGCUGUUCCUGUGGAUCCCUCGAAAAAUGCUGAUGACUGUAGAAUCUGCCAAGAACUCGGUCCUUGGGCCGCUGUACAGUCAGGACCGGAUCCUUCAGGCCAUGGGCAAUGUGACUCUGGCUCUACACUUGCUGUGUGAACGGGCCAAUCCCAGCUCACCUUGGCUGCCCUACAUCAAGACCCUGCCUGCUGAUUAUGACACACCCCUGUACUUUGAAGAGGAGGAAGUGUGCCACCUGCUGGCCACACAAGCCAUACAGGACGUACUCAGUCAAUACAAAAACACAGCGCGGCAGUAUGCCUACUUCUACAAAGUCAUCCAUACUCAUCCGAACGCCAGCAAACUGCCCUUGAAAGAUGCUUUUACCUUUGACGACUACAGGUGGGCAGUGUCCUCUGUGAUGACCCGUCAGAACCAGAUUCCCACAGCAGAUGGAAGUCGGGUCACACUGGCCCUCAUCCCUCUCUGGGACAUGUGUAACCAUACCAAUGGCCUGAUUACUACUGGCUACAAUCUAGAGGAUGACCGAUGCGAAUGUGUGGCUCUCAAAGACUACAAAGAGGGUGAACAGAUCUACAUAUUCUAUGGUACAAGAUCAAAUGCAGAGUUCGUGAUCCACAAUGGUUUCUUCUUUGAGGACAACGCACAUGACCGCGUGAAGAUUAAGCUGGGUGUGAGCAAGAGCGAGCGUUUGUAUGCCAUGAAGGCCGAGGUUCUGGCUCGUGCUGGGAUUCCUGCGUCCAGUGUCUUUGCCCUGCACUGCAGCGAGCCGCCCAUAUCAGCUCAGCUCCUGGCCUUCCUGCGUGUUUUCUGCAUGACUGAAGAGGAACUCAGGGACUACCUGGUGGGCGAUCACGCCAUCAACAAGAUCUUCACCCUGGGCAACGCUGAAUUCCCUGUCAGCUGGGAGAACGAAAUCAAGUUGUGGACCUUCCUGGAAACACGGGCUGCGCUGCUUCUCAAAACCUACAAGACCACCUCAGAGGAGGACCGCUCCAUGCUGGAGAAGCCUGACCUGUCCCUGCACUCCCGCACUUCUAUAAAGCUACGGCUGGCAGAGAAAGAGAUUCUCGAGCGUGCAGUGUCCUGUGGUCGAGCCAAGCGCUUGCACUUCCAGAAGCAGAUGAAUGAAGGAGCCCCGCUGCCUCUGUACGAAGAAAGCGACAUCGCCCUUUUGGAGAAUGCAGAUGCUAAACUCCCCAUAAUCCUGCGCAAACUGGAAGAAGACGAUGAGUGUGUUCAGGAGGAGAUGAACCUGGCUCAAAUCAAGCCGGACGCUGCCUGCCUGGACUCCUCCAAGACGCCCGUCCUUAAUGGCCAGUGUAAAGAUCUCAAUGGUACUCAAGAGGAUCCUCCAGGAGGUGAUACGGUGGGGAAAGAGAGUAAGGUUGAGAAGCAAGACCCGAGUACCAUACGAACUGAAGGUGAAUCAAAAGAUGGUGGCAAAUAGUCAUAACCAGCGUACAGUGGCAAUCUUAGUUCCUGCUAUUUAUUUAUUUUCUUUUAAGAGACUCACAAAUAGGAGCAAAAGCUUUCUAAACUAAAGCAGUGGAUUUCGGUUUAAUCAUUUUUUGUUGUUGUUUAUUAAAUGCAGCUUAAGUAUGAGCUAGCUCCAGCUAGAAGAAGCCUGUUGUUUGUUUUCAUUUUAUUUUGUUGGAUUUUUUAAUCAGUGCCACAUUUGGUUUCUUUUGUAGUAGCUUCGCUCUUUCUGCCAGAUAAAGGUAGUAACAAGGUGAGGAAGUAAUUAAUCAUAUCGACUCCCAUCUAGAUGAAGGCUUUCUCGGACUUCACUAAAUGAAAGAAAAAAAUAUAUGACUUUAACAUGGUAACGUUGCCAAGGAUGUUUCUGUUUAGUCAUCUAAAAUGCUGACUGGGGAUUUAACUUCUCUUUAACCAGCCGUUGCUGUAGAUCAUGCCAGUAAUGUGCUUUACGUUUAGUGCUGCCUGACAAUCAUUACUCUUAUGUUCUGACAUCGAUCUGUAAAGAGAUCAUCACUGCCUCGCUGCUCGCUAGUUACUUUACUCGCAUAAAAAGUAAGGUUACUGAAAGACGUCAGUCCCAAAAAAGUAUCGAUUUUCAUGCACUUCAGAGAACAGUACGUGCAUUCUCAAAGUGAGUGUUGGUUUUGGGUUUUGGUGACCAUGCUCUGAAUGUAAUUCAAGGUUUGUGUGUUAAAGCUAUACUCUCUAUUUUGUUUUUUGUUUUUGUUAAUCCUUCUAUGCUUAUGAAACACUUUGCAGUUAAUGGACACUGAGACUAUGAUCUCGGAGGACUAACUUCUCUCAUACAGUAUGUGAUCUUUGGGAAAUCUAUUUUUGUUGUCCUUAUUUUUAUGCAAGUAUUCAUUGCACCACCAAAAUGAUCUCUCGCAUUCGUCAUGCAACUGUUUUGGUCAUCUUUAAGCCUUAACAAAUGUCAUUUAGUUGGAUUGCAGAUACAGAAACACUGAUCCAGGAUGAAGAUGUGCAUCACCCACAAGGUCAGCUUUUAAAUAACAAAACAUUGGGGACUAUUAAUUAAAGAAAUAUUUCACAAUGAGAAAUCUUCCAUUAUUCACUCACCCUAAUGUUGCUACAGAUGUCUCUAUUGUUAUUAAUUUAUUAAGCACUGUAUUCUAAGUAUUUUAAAAUCUAUAUGAUACAGUUUUUGUCAUUUACCCAAAGCUAAUCAAUUAUUUACUGAUAAUCUUGCGUCUCUUCCUCAUACAAAGCUGUAAUAUGGCUUCGGAACACUUUGAAUAUAGAUUUUUUUUGUUUUUAAAAAAAGCUUUUCAGCACAGCUUUUAGUCAAUACGAACUGUCGAUGCAUAAUAAUUAUUCAUAAAAUAUUUUAUAAAGAAAUAUCCUCAUAUUAUACCCUGUAUAUUAUGUUAAGUAAAUAAUUAACAUUUUUUUGGGUGAAAUAAUUAUUAAAUUCUAGAGCUGUGUUCCUCUACCCAGUCACUUAAUCCAUAAUUAAUGACUUAUGUUAGGUAAUGAGAAAUUAAUCAAAAUAUCAGAAUACGUCCCCAUUGUUUUGUUAUCCUUUUGAAGUUGUGUACAUGGCAAUGGAAUACAGAAAUGGAAAUUACAUUUUGGUUCAAGUGUUCUGCCCAACUAAACAGCACUGUUCAAUAUACUGUUUAGAAUGGUUUAUGAUGUUGAAAGAUGAUGAGUGUAUGGAAGCCUGUCACUUGUUCUUGCUGCUUCUGUAUAUAGAUUUAUAGCUUUGGAAAGCUAACAGCUUUAAUACAGUUAUUCUCAAAUCUUUAAUGUGAUCUAGCCAUACAGUAAAUACACAGUGGAUUGCACUGACUCCCAGUAUUUCAGUACAACUGUAUAGGUAAGAGCCAUUAGAGUCUGCCUACAAUGACAAGUCCAAGAUUAAAGUUCUGUGCAUUUUUCACCUGAAUCAAAUAAGGUGGAGUGCUUUUCUUCAAAUCUUUUACCUGUCUAUCUGUCUUUAAAAGGGCCUUUUAAAAAAAAAUCCCCAUUAGGAGACAUAAGGGCACUCUUCCAUUGUCCUUUCAUUCUUCGUUUCAUUUGCAGGGAGAAAAAAAAAAGGUUUUAUUUAAUGUAUUUUUUCAUUCUUUGCCCCUCAAGCCCCAUUACAAAUUUAUAAAAGAAACAUUAUCUUGAAUCAUUUAAUUCGGGGCAAUUAAAUUUUGAAAUUCCACAUUCAUUAUUCAUGGGCUUCAAGAUAAAACCCCUUUAAUCCUUGAAUAGAUUAUUAUAAUGGGCUAUAGUGUGGGCAGUGGUAAACUCGGGCAGCCCUGCACAUGUCCGGUAUUGUUAGUAUUCCUCAUGUCAGGGCUGAGAGCAGGAGUGCAUGGAGCUCCCUUUGGCCUGGGACCAUGCCACCAAAGUAAUUCUGCCUAUGAAUAAUACACAGCGCUUCUAUUAAUAUAGAAUGCCGUCAGACCCCGGGCGGAGGACCCAUUGUCAUGCAAGUAUUUACCAAUACAUGUGCUGUACUUGAGAGAGGGGGGCUAUCUUCGAAGGUUGCGGGGUCACAUUUCCAUGCACGUUAAGUGGUUGAGUUCCCAACCACUGUGCUCUUAGAAAUAAAUGUUCCAUAAAGGGAUUUUCAGCUCGCUGUCAUACAAGUUGAAUGUGUCUUUGGAAAACCAUCUACAAUGUGAUCCAGAAUCUGAGACUGUUAGUGGAAGUUGGUUUUGCAUUUUAACAAAAUUUGCAUUGUUGAAAUAAACUUACGAAUGUA